GCUGUCUCGACCCGCCCGCCUUUUCCCCCCCUUUGAGUCCUUUGAGCAAGCAGCAAGUCAAGCGGGAACGAAUUUCCGCACGACAAGAAAAAUCGCAGCAGUGAGGCGCUACCCCAAGUGCGAGAUCUUUCGACCAGCAUUGCCGGACAGAGAUAAACACACAACCAAAAAAAGGUCAAGAAACUUCAAACAUCAUUUCUUGGGGCGCUUGUGCGAAUCGGGUUUGCUUGGUUCUUUUCAAUACUCAUUUGCGACGGUUGUUUUCUUUUUUCUUGCAUUCUUUUUUUAUUUUCCGUCGAGAUCGUGGCAUUUUCGGGGCACUCGGUUAUAAUUUGCGCCGGCGUCAUCUUUUUUAUUUUUCUCUUGCACGACUACUCGCGCCAUUUACGUCUUGCGAACGCGGUUGAACGUACAUCCAGCGAAACAACCCCUAAAGCGAACCCACGAACAAACAAAUCCAGACCGGGGGAACAAAAGAGAAGGCUUGCGUAUCGAUUGACUGAACCGGUACAGGACAUAUUUCGACCUGACAGCUCGGAACAGAUCAAGAAGAAACGAAAAAAGAAGAACAAGGAAAUAAAAAAUACGACCACCAUUAGCAGCUACCACCACCCAAAGACGGUCCCAUCGAACUUGACAACCUUAAUCCCCUUUCGGCUGCGCGACCUCGUCUUUCGUCGCAAAUCGAUUUUUUUUUUCGGCCGCUUUUUUCCGGAUACCAUUUCGUCGGCACAGUCAAACCCGCGAUAAUACACCGUUCAAAUGGCAUACUACGAAAACUCGCAGUGGCCCGCUGGUGGCCAAUCGGGAUGGGAGCACCAGACGCCCCCAGUUCGAUCAGGUGCCAGUUCUGCCGUCCCACGAGAAGAGGCUCCCGCCUUUGUUUCCCAAAUUGAGGAGGUCGAAAAGGCUAUCGAUAACCUUGUCAAGAGUGGAAAGAUGUUUAACAUGCCCGGCCGACGUGAGUCGCUUCCAGCUCAUGCUCCUCAAUUCCCCCCGGGUCCUUCCAGAAAGCCGCGUUUAGACUAUGGUGACAACCGCAUUCCCUCGGGUCCCGGCUCACGCCCUCACUCUGUCGGCGGCUUCCACGAUGAUCGCUCCGCCGGCCCUCAUCAGGGCUCCAACCUGUCCAACUUUUACGCCAGCCAACGACAACAGCCCUCACGCGGUACGAACGAAGCGGAACAGAUGAUGCAGGCCAAGCGGAGGAUGGCGGCUCAACGGGAACGAGAACUGCGCAACUACCACCAGGAGCAGCAGUAUAACCGAACCUCCAUCUCGGACGUCAGACCCGAUCGUACUCUGAGCCCCGGCAGCAACAUGUCCGAAGAUGAGCGCCGGGAGCUGAUCGCCCGUCAACGCAGCGCAUUGUAUGGGGAGGGCCAGUUCGCCGACGGUGGUGGCUACGUGGAUGAGACCGGAGCCGUACGCCCCGGCAUGCCAGGCCAGCCCCAGCAUCCCUCCCAGACCAUUGCGCCGCCUCCCAUGGGUGGUGUAGGGCUGCGUGGUCACUCUCCGCUUGCUUAUGAGUAUGGUCGUACCCCGCCCAUCAACGCUGACGCUCAGCCUGGUGCCCCCGAAGGGUCGCAGGCCGCCAACAUUGCCAACGACCGCUCGCGCGCCAACUCGAACGCCAGCCCGCAGUCCAACUCAGGCCUUCCUCUGCCACAGCAGCCCUCCGUCAACCGGACCAGCAACUCUUCGCCGGCUGGCUCACCGGGUAACAACAAGCCCACGACGUCGGUUGCGCCCAUCGGCACCCGUCCUUCGACCACAGCGGCUGGAUCGACACCUCCGGCGAACCCGGCUCUCACCAAGCAGCGGUCUACGACGCCAGCUCCUUCUCCCCUGAGCCAGGGUUACACUGCUUCGGGCAACGCCGACGAAAAGGCAACGCCGACCACGACCGCACCUGGCUCACAGCCAACAGGCGCUCCUGAUGUAUCGGGUUGGGGUGGUCGCUCUGGUGUUUGGGGCAGCAAGUCAGGUCUCGGCUCUGUCCAGGCCAGUGUCUGGGGUUAACCCAGGCGCAAUUUGCAUAAAGCAACGGUAUUAGUUCUCUCGGGGUCUCAUGGUUUUGUUCUUCCAGGUGUUAUCUCUUGCUUCUUUUGGGUUCUUAUUUGUUCUACGGGAUUCGCACAAAGUAUGGCGUCAGUGUCUUUGCAUGGGUUUUGCGUGGGCACAGGCACAAGCACAAUCUGACAUAUAUAGGCGAAUAGUGGGGAAUCUUUUCUUUGGGGGUUUUCUUCUAUCUAUUUUUUUGGGAGCGCGGAAGUUUCAAAAAAAAAGGAUGACAAGGGGUGUUUCACAUGUCUUCGAUUUUUGUUAUCUUGCCAGGCAAGGAUGGGAAAAAUUCAUCGCGAAGGUGGAGGGUAUUUAUUUUUUCUUUGCUCUUUGUUGGGAUGGAUCUUGCAACGGGGGGUAUCUGGGGGAGUUUCUGCUGUUUCCUGGUUUCUUUCUUUGUUUUCUUUACCCUAAUGUCGACUUCAUCUCUCCUCAACCCACAGUAUUGUUUCAUUCUCGGACAGAACACCGCCGGCCUGUUUGCGGAACAAGUUCCAGACACUUGACGAACAGCCUGACCCAGCCAGGUUAGUUGCAUAGCGGAAGCUGCGUUGGGAUCGGAAGGUCACGGACAGCUCAGGGACGACACUCAACCUCUUGAACAUCUCCAAGUCGGUCAUGAUUAGGACUUGUUUAAGGAGAGAGGCUGAAUCUGUGGGAAAGUGGGACGAGAAUUUUAUUGUUCUGUUUUUUUCCUUGACUGGGAUGGACUUUGCGGGCGCAAUCUGCUUUUUUUUGUAUCUUCUUGUUCCAAGGCGCUUUGGUUCAAGAUGAGGGACAUGAAAUGUGGCAAGAGGAAAGCUACUUUAAUCGGCAGCCUGAUACCAAGCGGCGCACAGAGUACAAGGAGUUUCUCAUGGUUUGUCUUUGCGGCGCCUGCUCUUUUUUUUAAUCCUUGGUUCCUUGUUAUUAUAGCAUUGAAAGGGGUUAUAAGCGAGGGGAAUCAAAUGAGAAAAUCUUUGGGCUGUUAUAUCUUUAUCAGGUUGGGCAUGGAUGGCUUCUUUUUCUGUGCGAUUUUCAUGUACGAAAACGAGGCUGGAAUACACGGGCUUCAUUCGUUGCUGUU